AUGGCUUCAUGGGAGGAGUGGCAGUGGCGGGGACGCUACGAGAAAGAUGCAAGGUGGGGCGGCAAUAAAUGGACCGCCUAUGGAGAACAGGAGCGGCGCGGCGCGGGCGCUUGUGAAGUGUCUGUUGUGUCGUUUGGCAUCGAGGAGGAUCCUGAGAAUGAUUGGAAAGGGGUGGAUGUCCUCAGAGUGGCCAUGGCCAGGCUGCUUGAUCUUCGUUUUGAAAUCUUACCAAUCAAGAAGCUUUGCAAAUUUGAUUUUGCCAAUAAGGAAGACGUGGAGUGGGAUAUGCCAGUGGGAAAAUCCGACGGCAGCUUGGAGGAUUGCACUCUUGGUGACAUCCGCAAGUUCGACCAAGCAGCACACAUGCUGAAUGGACCCUCCGGCGAACCCAAGGGUAUCACAGAGGAGGCUCACGUCCCUCGCUUCAAUUUCAACGAAGGGUUGGCGGAGGACAACUUCAGUAACUUCAUGAUUUGUGAAUUCCAUGCAUCUGUGCAGCAUGGCUCGACUGUGACACAGACCGACACAGACUGCAACGUCCGAGUGAGCCGCGCAGCCUUGUUUCGAGGAAAAGGUGGACGAGGCCAUGUCUGGCCGUUGAAACAUGGCCUGCCUGUCAGGCCACAGCCGGUGGCACCAGGUGUCCUGGGCAAUGGCGGCAAUGGCAGCCAGGUGAGCCAGGUGGGAAUGGAUCCUGCCAAGAACGCUCAUGCCUUACCGUACCUCCUGGAAAAACAGGUCUACCAAUGGGCAGAGCAGGUCUUCUGA